AUGGCCUCACCAACAGCAGUUAUCCAAGUCCCUCGAACUCUGCCAUCAUCAUCUGUAGGCUUACUAUGCGAGCGAUACAAAACUGCCCGCCUCCGAGCACUGAAAGAGACUCCACAGGCAUUCUCUUCAACCUACCACAGAGAAGCCGAAUACGACGAUGCCAUCUGGGUUCAACGUCUCCGAAACCCACUCUCCAAAACAUUUGUCGCCCUUCGCACCGAAAGAACAGGCGGUACUGAAAUUAGUGACAUAGAACUACUAGCAGCGAAUGAAUGGCUUGGGAUGAUAGUAAUCUUUGGACCCAGAGCGCUUCCCGCAGAUGGAUCUGGCUCCAAAACUCCCUGGAAACCUUUUCUCCCCUCAGUGAACCUUAACGAACCUCCAGACCCCGCAGCAAUUGUGGGCUAUGAGGCGGCUUACGUCGCCUUUUCCAUGUUUGUUCUAAUUGAUGCAAGGAGGCAAGGGCUCGGACGAAGACUUGUGCAAGCAAGCAUCGAGGCUGUGCGGGCGGAAGCUACGUCUAUGCAUGCAACAAGGGCAAACAUAGGUCUCUUCGUGGAAGCGAAGAACCAAGCUGCCCAGAGACUGUAUAAAGGGUGUGGGUUUAUCUUUCUUCAGGGUGACUCUUCUCUCAAUGGUGUUGAAAUCAACCAGGUCGCGAUGGGAAAGAUUGUAAAGCUUCCCGGUGGGGAUUCUGCAUGA